GGGUGCCGUUCAAUCGUUGCAAAGGCUAUAGUACAUACAUCAGUUUCUCUUAGCAUUACCUUGCAGAUGACUUAGGUUGAUUAGAGAAAUGAAAGAACUUUGUUGGCCAUGUGGAAAUGAACACAGUUAUAGCCAAAAUUUAAGUAGAAGUAGAAGCAGCAUGUGUGCAUGUGGCUUGAAACUGCUAAGUAAAGCACGAGUGACUGACAAGUCACGAACUUCUCCCUGUGUAGGGGUACGCCGAACUAGUGUUCCCUUGUAGGACUCGGAGACGCGUGCUAUUAAGUGAUGGUGGGGAAUAAACAGAUCCUUGAUGACCGUUCAUGUUAAUAUGCAAGGAGCUUUAUCGUGAUGGCGGAUUGCAUGGUGACUUACGGCAGGGGAUUGGAUGAUUUUGUAUUGAAAGAAAUAGUGAAGAAAAUACCAAAUGCUUAUAACCUGAGACAUUUAGGUGAGGGCAAGAUAGCAUUCAGCACUGUAAAGUCUGGUGCACGUCAGAGUCAGGGGAAUGUUGAUGAAGAAUGUGAUACUGUGAAAGAUUUGCAUCAAGAAAUUGACUUAAUAGAUAGCAGAGUUAAACAUGACUUAAUAGGGAACAAAAUUGCACAAGAGCACACCUGUGAUGCUUUUGAAAAAGGAGACUCCAUUGAAAUCAAAGAACUAAAUGCCAACUCGGAAGUAAUUAUGGGACCUCUUGCAAUAAACACACAGGAAAAUAAUCACUGGGUGUCCGCAGUUUCCCACAUUUUCAAGCUCAAACUGGUGGAGCGAGUGUUCACAUUACUUCAUUGUGAGGACAUCAAUGCCAGACCAUCACAUCAAAAUCAUGGUAGAAAAUUCAGUGUCAGCGACAUCCUCAGAGAUUAUGAAAGUAAACUAAGAAAUCUUGUUGUGAACCUGGAAUGGGACAAGCUGGCAGUGAAAGUGAGAAGAUUAAGGGAACAUCAAGAUGGGGAGCAGCGAGUGUGGUGUCAGGAUCCUGAUUCCUGCCCAGGAUCACUCAGGAGGAAACAAGAGAGGAAAAAGCUUGGGGAGAAACGUAAGGCACCUAUGUCAUUGACAGAACUACAAGGAAACAUUCCCAAACAUCACAAAGCAGACAGCAUCACAAGAGAACACUUUCAGAACAAAAAAAACAGGAAGCAAGGAAGCAAGAGAAGAAAGCUUACUGAUGGUUGUGAAUCAAAAUCUUCAUCAGACUCAUACAGUUUGUGUGAUUAUGAAAAUGGCAAGAUUUCUGAGACUAACGUAGGAACUUAUAACAUAAGGGUGAAAAGUGAAAGUGAACUUGAAAAUCUGCAUAAUAACAAAAUGCAAAAUUUGCAAUGUCUUCACAUAGAUGACAAAUCUGAGAUGACUACAUCUUCUAGUCAAGUUACUGAUUCUGGGAAAGACUCACUAGAGGCUAUGAUGUCCCAUGCACAAAGCACAUCUCAGCUGAACAAACUGUAUUCUUCUCAGGCAAAAACUGGUGUAUGUGAGGAUAAGGUAAUGGUGCUAUCUGAAAUCAAGAAUGGAACAAAUAAGGUAGACCUUGUAUCAGAAAAUUACAUAUCAUCACAAAAUGACCAGCUGAUGACAAGUGACUGCCCACCUUUCCCUCAAGAACACAAACCAGAAGAGGUUAAGGCAGAAAAUCAAGACUUUAAGGUGAAUUUCAAGGAACAAGUCUCAACCUUCAGGGUGUCCAGCCGUGUGUCAGGUCACCUUAAAAACAUUCUCACAGUCAAGUGGAUCAAUCACACACUUAGUGAACAACUAAAGAAGGCCAAUACAUCAUGGGUGCCAGAUUGGAGGCAGCCAUUAGUUGACCUGUAUGUUAAUAUUACAGCAUCACAUUUUAUCAUAGGUGCAGCCCUUUCUCCCAGAUCCCUGUCCCUUCGGCCUUACAUUCCUCACUUGACGCUGCGCUCCACCAUCAGCCACCUGAUGGCCACACUUUCCCAAAUACCACCUGAGGCCAUUGUACUUGACCCAAUGUGUGGUGGAGGAAGCAUUCUCUUGGAAACAGCUAUGAACUUUGAUCUUAGUCAUGUGAUAGCAAGUGACAGUAGCCGAGAGCAGCUGGAGGUGGCAAGAUGCAAUCUGCACAACAUCCCAGUUCCUGUGACUUUCCUGGAAGCAGAUGCUGAGAAACUUCCUCUGCAAGACUGUUCCAUAAAUACAGUACUUUGUGACUUUCCCUUUGGCCGCAAGUACAAACUGACCAUGGAAGGCAAACAGCUGCUGGCUGGGUUACUUAUGGAAGUACAAAGGUUGUUGGUAUGUGGAGGACAAGCUGUGUUUCUGUUAUCCCCUUCACAGCACCAGAUUCUCUCUCAGCUGACCUCGGACAACACCAAGGCCUCAACCCCAAGAAAUCCAUCUGUUGGUGACAAUUUAACACUACUGGAAUCCCACUUGGUGUCACUUGGGGAAACAUCAGCUUAUGUAGCAGUUCUUGUCAAAGGCAGCACAACUUUAGAGGUGUUCAAGGAAAGAAGAAAGGACUGUAAAUCAUGUAUUAGUAAAUUGUGUUGACUGCAUAAAUAUACUAAGAUUUUGAUG